AUGGAAGAACUGCUUCAAGACAUAUUUAGAGAAGCUACAGGGCCGAAGUUAAACUCAUUGAAAAAAUCAUGUCAGGAUGCAUUAGAGGUCCUUUGCCUGCAAGAAAGCAGCAGGCGGGCAUCAUACGAAUUGCGGCGGGCGUGCUUGUCGCCGCUGCAGAUCGCGCUGGAAACCAAGCGGCCGCGCCUCGUCGGAUUCGCACUCCAGGGGUUUCAUAAAUUAUUGCGCGACGAUCGUUUUCACCGCGGCAUCGAGCCUGAAGACGAUUCGCUAUGGAUGCCGUCGCAAUUGCUCUGUGCGACCACAUCCGUUAUGUAUCAGCUUCCCGAUACUCAGGUCCAAAUCUUCCGUAUGUAUCUAUCAAUGGCGUUGUCACCUCGCCGUACUUUAAAUGGUCGUCUGUGUGUGUGGGCUUGUGGUCGUUGUGGCGAGGCUGCAGGCGCGUCGCCACACGUGGCCGCGGCCGCACGCGCUGCGGCCGCACAAAUGUUGAGGGCGUAUUGUGCUCAGCUUGAUGAAGAAUGUCAGGAGCUACUAGCCGAAGGUUCGCCCAUUGGAAGAAACCAUAUAGUCGCAGUGGGUUGUUACAGCGAAGUUAUACCAGUUAUACAAUAUCUAUGCAGCAGACUCUCUGAAACGCAAUUAACCCCCAAACAGAACCCAUUAGCACUAUUCUUUUUGGAUUGUCUGCUAACCCUAAUGUCGAGUCUCUCUGAAAGAGUGAGUGGUAAUUCACACUUUACAACAUUUCUUUGGCAGAAGUUUUGUCCUUCUCUCAUCUCUUUUCUUGGAACGCCCAGGGUUGACAAAAAUAUAAAAUCCAGGGAACACGAAGGCCAUCUGGUUGAUGAUUCAGGCAGAGGCUCCGGCGCGUUAGUUUGUGCUCCAAGUUUUAAUAGCAAACAAGCCAAAGCUAUAUACAGUAUUGCGAACCAAUUAGUACGUUUAGUUGGCUCAACGUCGAACCUACGACCGGUACUAGAAGCUUUAUACCACCGUAUGCUCCUGUACCCGCCAGUACAACAUCGAGUGGAACCUUUGAGAAGUGCUCGUGAACUACUCUGCAACCCACGAAGACUCUGCCAAUUAGUGCUCAUGAAGAAAACUGAUGAACGGCAUAGCGAUGAUAUGGCGAUUAUAAGACUAAUAAUGGACGGCAUUGAAGAGUGUGGACGAAGUGGCAAUCCAGAUAUAGUGGCAGCAGCUGUUGAAUGUGUAUUUUCACUUUUGGAUGCUCUUGAGAAACUUUGUUCGGGAUCUAUUGAAUAUAUACCUAAUGAUGUAGCUAAUAGGAUUCUAAAUCACUGGCCGCAACUACACGAUUCUGAUUAUACUGGGCCCCUUACUUAUCAGACAUUAGCCAGAUUACCGAGCCCGUAUAGAGAUGUCGUUGCUGUGUUGCAAAGUAGCGAAACUAAAGAUGACUCUUCUGAUACUUCUGGACCAGAAAAUAUAAGUUCUGGCAGCGAAGUUGAAGCUGAUUCUGACGUUGAUAAUGUUUUUCUUCCGACAAGAGCAAAUAAUCCAUCGUCACCAAAAACUGCACAAAAGGAAACCUGUAACGAAAAAACGAAAGCCAUACCAAAAACACUAAACCUGGGAAGAUGCACAAUAACAGAAUGCAACGUAGAUCUCGAGAGACACAACGCGAGGCAGUUCGUGAAAACAUUGCAAAAUUCACUUCUACCUAAGCUACUGAAUCUUCGUACUUGCAUCGAGGUCGACGAAUCGAUGCAGGACUUCGCUUGGAAGUGUUGCGCUCACAACGCGUCGCAACCGCCCGCCACCGCGUGUGUUAUGAACGCGGACGGCGUAUACCUGGCCACAUACGCCGCGCUACUGUUGACGCUCAGGCAACGACGGGCGAGAUACUAUAACGAUGGACAUAAGGUCCAAGUGCCACUUAUCGAGGAUGAAUUCGUAGAUGAAGUCCAGGGUAGCGGAGUACUUGUAUAUUUAUCAGCGACCUGGCUGAGGGAACUUUACCAGCAAGUUCUAGCGACUGACUUACUCAAAGACGUCACUAGUGCCGACCAUCCGCUCAUACAUUUACUAUCAGAUUUAGGAGGUCUAGAUCAGAAUCCUGUGAUGUCAGACUGGCAAAAAUUAAAAGAGGUUUCUAUGAUCUAUAAAGAUAGUGAUGAUUCACCACAAUAUCAGGCCAGCUUACGAUGGGCGAGGAGAAUAUUAACAUGUAUAUGGGACUCAAUGGUAACUGUACUAAGUGUGCCGUUAACUGGAUAUAGAAAUAAGAAACACAAACUGCGAGGUAUUAUAUCCAAGAAAAUUAAUAAUUUUGGUAAAAGAAAGAGAAUUGCCUGGGAGGGACUGACUAUACAAUGCUUGGAGGGAUUGCAUAAGGCAGCAAGAAUAAGUACGACGUUAAGCUUACAAAAUAGAUGUAGCAGUAUAUUGGCUCUGUUAGCGAACUCUGCUACUUCACAACCGGCCAACGGAAAAAUAUUAGCAACACACGCAUUGUCUUUAGAUAUAUUGAUUUCAGGUGGUUUGGAAUUGGGUUCAAAAGCUGCAGAGUGUUGGGAACAUAUAUUCGUUGCGUGUCAAUACGUAUCAAGUUUCGAACAUUCACUUUUUGGCCAGCAAGGAAAUAAUGCAACGCCAAUAAUAACGAUGCAGACUGGAAGAAAUAAAACUAUAUCUAUACUACAGGCCGACGCUAAGUUAGUUCUAGAUGGAAGAGACGAUGAAACCUGUGUGGACGUUUUCAAUUUCCUACAACCAGUAUUAGAAAACAAUUCAAACAACGAAAUGUCGGUCGCGAAAAUUGUUGAGACGUGCAGACAAGAGGGAGGCAACGUUAUCAGCGGUUCAAACGCUGCCCGUGUGUGUUGCGCGCUGUCUGCUGCUACAGACGCGCUGUUCUCUCGUCUUGCUGCCACCACUACGCUGCCUGCGCUCAAGGCAGCGCUACAGAGACUCGUCGCACACAACCAUAGACUGUUAUUUUCUUCGUGGGAUCAGGAUGUAAGCACAAACCCUGUUUGGUGGCGUAAGUCGCGUGUUAAAGUAUUGGGCGGGGAGGCUGCUCGAGCUGUAUGUAGGGCGGGGGAUGUAGCAUUGAGAUGUCUUCGAGCAGCUAGACCUCUUGCUCACAGAAUGGCUAUAUGGACUGUCGUUGGGCCACAUUUUAUGCAGGCUGCCUGCCAUAAAGACAUACAAAUAUCAAGCCUGGCUAUUCAAUGUUUACACGACUGUGCCACAGCUCUGCUCAAUCAGCAAGUUGAACUACCGCACUUCCAUUUCAACGAAGCUUUACUAAAACCUUUUGAAAAUUUACUCUGCUUAGAACUCUGUGAUGACGAUAUUCAGGAACAAAUAAUAUCUUGCAUUUGUGAAUUCGUUGAGACAAAUCGCAUGGAAAUUAGAUCGGGUUGGCGACCCUUGUUCAAUACACUACGAGCGGCUAAUAAUUCCAACCAGUACUCUGCUAUUCUUGAAAUAUUUAAAGUGUUUCUGAAUACUGACAACACACUCGUAUUCGCGAAUGCGGCUCUAGACUGCAUUCUUUGCCUUUUAAGUCACAUAAAGGGUCUGCAUUAUGAUGAAACUCAACCAACUGAACCGAAACCAAAGAAAGUCACUACUCCGCCACAGCCAAAACCUAGUCUAAAUCUUAAGUUUUCAAAAAAUAGUAAAUUUAUACCGCUCAGUGAAGAAAAAUCCGAGAAGGUUAUUGUGGAUAUGUGCAGAGAGGCGUUAUAUCACUUAGAAAGUUGCGCAGAUAUCUUAACUAUGAUGUACAACAUGCCCAAAUGUCCCAUAUUCAAUACAGGCAGUAGAGUUAAAGGUGAUUUGCCCCUAUCAGUAGUCGAUCCUAUAAUUCCUAGUACAUCUAUAGAUGUAACCAAAUAUAUCGUUAACGAAAAUUGUGAAGAAGAACUGAUGUCAUACAGAAAACUGUCAACGACCUUACCACCUUCGAACACAACAAAUAAUUGUCUUCUAAAAUUAGACAAACCAAGUAAUAUUUUAAAAGUAUGGUACGUUCUCAUUGAAGGAUUAAUAUCAGCUACAGUGGUCUGUUCUAAGAAAAAUCAACCAGCAGCUAUGGAAACAUUAUUUAAAUUAUUGAAAAACAUAGCUGAAGUACCAGGAACGCACUUUGGGUUGCAUUGCAUCAACCAUUUAUUGCUGCCCACUGUACAAACUUGGUUGCGACAAAUAGCUAACGUUAACACACAUUGGGACAGUGUAAUGCCAAACUUUAAACAGUGCUGUGGCAUGACAACGGACACUAUUGUGUUUUAUCUUCACGAACUGCAACAUAUUAAUAUAGAAAGAGCAACAGCGGAAGAUAAAAAAGAUGCUAAAAAUAUUGAACCCAUUGAAAGUCCAGAGGCGACAUUUGCUCUAAAGCAAAUCAUGCUUGUAUUAGUUGAGUGUAUUUCACAACCUCAAGAACCGAUAGCGCGUUUGGGAGCAUCCUGUAUAAGACAUAUAAUAUUAACGUCUGGACACCUUCUAACUGAUAAACAGUGGGAGAUAGUAUGCACGAGUCUUCAUAGAGCUUGCAACGUAAGCUUGAGCCCGUUGAAGCAACUGACAUAUGCAUUUAAAGAAAAUUCGAAUAGUUUUUACGGAGACUUGGCAAUUGUUAAAGUGGCUGCUAGAAGGGAUUGCUCGAUCAAUGAUAACGUACGCCUCCAUGCUAUGGCUCAACAAGUUUUCUUAACUGAGCAUCUGAGAGGUCAUGACAAUCAUAGCAAGCAGACGUCUAAAAAUUCAGCACAAAAUUUAAUUGACGACAGAAGCUACAUUUUCCUCAUCUAUUUACAAGAAUCUAUGAAAUCAUUGAAUCCCGAUUUAUACACAGUAAGGAUCACGAAUAGAGGAUUGAUUGUGGGACUGCUCGCUCACCAAAUUUUAGUUCAGAUUAUUGCUACGGUUUUAAUACAGGCUUCUUCCGAUGUCUUCUAUGGAAUAAACAGUAUACUACUCGAAAGUUUCAGAACCGGUACGAAUAUAUGUAAUUACAAGUUUUUCUUAAACCAGAACAAUGUUGAUCUUUUACUCAAAAGUCUUGAAUUAUCUUACACUCGAGCCAUGCAGUUUGACUCCAGACCAGGAUUAAAAUUUCUCGUGCAGAAAGUAUCAAACUUGGACUACGCAGCCAAUUUAUACAAACAGACAUCGUCUUCAUGGCUUAUAAAGAUUAUAGCCCUGACUGAAAUAUUUUUUAGUGGCGUUAUAAAAUUUAAAAUGAAGUCCACGGACGUGUCGAUAAUCCUAAAUAAUUACAAAACAACGUUAAACAUGACACUGGAAUAUGACCAGUUUGUGACAAAAAUCUUUGACUUAAAAGCCACUUGGGAACUGCUUUGCGGGAAUUACGUUAAACACCUCGUAAAUAUUACUGACUUUGAGGAGUGCGAUCAAGCUAAAGAUCGUUUCUCAUACAGUUCAGAAGACACAGAUUCAUCUAGUAAUAAUAAUUACGAAAAUUACUACACUCAAGAACCCAACAGAAUAAUAUGUACAGCGGCAAUAGAAAAUGGAAAUGUAACAUUAGAAGCGAACGAAGAUACUGAGAAACCAAAACCAUUCACAUUCGCUGAUUUUAAAACGAAUACAAUAACACAUUACGAUGACGAAACAACGAACAAAGAAAACAUAACAAACGAAGAAAAUACUAGCGAUGAAGUGAAUGAUGAAAAUAAAAAGUCAAACGAAAAAUCAAACGAAACGAAAAAUAUACGAAAAUCAGUUGAAUAUCAGAGCAAUGUGACCCCGGUCAAACCGAAACGACGCUGUGCGUCUGAUAAUAUAGAAAGAAAAGUGAACAUAUCCAUAUGUGAUGAAACGGCCUUCGAUAAGAACAAAAACAUUGAACCUUUAAUUCCACCUCAGCCGGUGCCACCAGAGAUAGAACAACAAAGAACUCUCAGCAUUAACAAGGAUAUGGAGGUGCAACGGAAUUGUUUCCAAAACAUUAUAAUGGCAUAUCUAGAGCUAGUACUCACAUUUCCAUUGGAACGGUUUCAACUAGUGUAUCCUGUACUUCAGACUGGUUUCACACAACUGGCGAAGUCAGUGAGUGAGCCCCAGCUACUCGAUAGAAUCAACAUAUUUUUCGAUAAAAAAGACUUACUCGAAUAUAGGAAUAAGUGA